AUGUUUCAAACUGGGGGCCUUGUUGUCAUCUGUGGGUUGCUGGCCCAGACCAUGGUCCUGCUGGAAGCCCUGCCCCGGACCCUGGACCAGACACUGUCCUUACCUAUGACUCCAUCCCUGGCCUCGAGUCCCACAGAUCUUGCUGGAAGCUUGACAAGUGCUCUCAGCAAUGGCCUGCUCUCUGAGGAUCUAUUGGACGUUCUCGAAAACCUUCCACUCUUGGACAUCCUGAAUACUGGAGGGAACACUCCCAGCGGCCUGCUGGGGGGCCUGCUUGGGAAAUCGACCUUACUGACUCCACUCCUGAACAACAUCGUUGAUUUGAAGAUCACUAAUCCCCAGACGCUGGAACUUGUCCUCCUGCAGAGACCUGAUGACCAUCGUCUCUAUGUCACCAUCCCUCUGGGCAUGGUCCUCAAUGUGAAAAUGCCCUUGGCCGGAAGUCCAUUGAAGAUGGCUGUGAAGCUAAACAUCACUGCAGAACUCUUAGCUGUGAAAGACGAACAGGAGAAGUUCCACCUCGUCCAUUGCAACUGCACUUACUCCCCUGGCAGCCUGCAAAUCUCCCUGCUUGAUGGAUUGGGCACCCUCCCCAGUGAAAGUCUUAUUGGGAUCUUGAAUAAUGCCCUUCCUGGGCUGGUGCAGGACAAGGUAUGCCCUCUCGUCAGUGAGGCUCUCGGUCACUUGGACGCCACUCUAGUACAUUCCACUGUCAAUUUCUUCUUUGCCUUGAAUUAUCCAGAUCAUGUUGAGGCAUAG